AUGAAGGAUGAAAAUAAAGAAUUAUUGAGCUUGGAAAUUAAAACUAUGAAUAGUGAAUGGUUGAAAGUUUUAAGUGAAGUGAUACAAAAGCCCUACUUUAUUGAGCUUAAAAAAUACCUUCAAAGGGAGAAGGAUAAUAACAAGAAAAUUUUUCCACCUGAACCGGAAAUAUAUAGUUGGUCAAGAUUUACCCCUCCAUCUUCAGUUAAAGUUGUUAUUAUAGGACAAGAUCCAUAUCAUGAUGUCGGUCAGGCUCAUGGCUUGUGUUUUAGUGUUCCACAUGGCGUUCCACCACCACCAUCGUUGAUCAAUAUUUAUAAAGCCUUGAAAAAUGAUAUUCCAUCAUUCCAGAUUCCGAAACACGGUAAUCUUAUUAAUUGGACCAAGGCUGGAGUCCUCCUUUUAAAUACCUCACUCACCGUACGAGCACAUGAAGCAGCAAGUCAUAGUGGAAAGGGAUGGGAGAAAUUUACUGAUGCUGUGAUACAAUAUUUAAACGAUAGAAAGAAUGGAUUAGUUUUUAUGUUAUGGGGAAAUCAUGCCAUCAAGAAAGGAAAAAAUAUUAACAAGACCAAACAUCUCGUUCUGCAAACAGUCCAUCCGUCGCCAUUGUCUGCUCAUCGUGGAUUUUUUGAGUGUAGUCAUUGGUCUAAAGCUAAUGCAUACUUAAAAUCUCAUGGUAAACAAGAAAUAGAAUGGGAUUGUUUGACGGAAUCUGAUUAA